CGGCGCCGGGGCUGGCUGGGAGAGGCCCGCGUGCGCGGAGGUGGCUGGCGGCCGUUGGCGUCUAGAAAAAUGGAUGAUGAUGGUGAUGACAUUCCCCAGCUUUCAUCCCAUACAUUGGCCGCCCUCCAGGAGUUCUAUUUGGAACAGCAGCAGAGAGAGGGCAUGAAGACCUCCCAAGGGUUUAAUCAAUAUUCCAUUGGCUCAAUAGAAGAAGACUGGCAACUGAGCCAGUUUUGGUACAGUGAUGAAACCGCAUCACGCCUGGCUGAUGAAGCAGUUGUGGCAGCUGGGAAGGGUGGCAGGAUAGCAUGUGUUAGUGCACCCAGUGUAUACCAGAAACUGAAAGAACAGGAUGGUAAAGAUUUUUCAGUCUGUAUACUGGAGUACGACAGAAGGUUUUCUGUAUAUGGAGAAGAAUUUAUCUUCUAUGAUUACAACCACCCUUUGAACUUACCUGAAAAUCUCUUGCCACACAGUUUUGACAUUGUUAUAGCAGAUCCACCCUAUCUGUCUGAGGAAUGUCUUCAAAAAACUGCAGAGACCAUCAAAUAUUUAACAAAAGGAAAGAUUCUACUUUGCACAGGUGCAGUCAUGGAGGAACAGGCAGCAAAGAAUCUUGGUGUGAAGAUUUGCAAGUUUAUUCCAAAACACGCACGAAAUUUAGCCAAUGAAUUUCGGUGUUACGUGAAUUAUGCUUCUGGGCUGAAGUGAGCCUCCUGAGAAGGUCUACAGAUUUCUCAGUCAUGCUCCUUUCUGUUUUUUAGCAGUGACUCCAUAUUUCUCAGUGCUGAAAUACUCAGCUCCAAGUACUGUUUUCUGGGCCAGCUCUAAUCAUGAUAGCCUCUCUCUUUUAAAUGUGUUUUGUAUUGUACAUUUUUGGUAAAUGGGGACCAAACAGCUCAGGUGCUAGACAAUGGAAGCUUCUCUGUUAGAGGUUCAUUCAAACUGUCAGGUUUUACCAUUCAAGGACUCUUCAGUGACCCCUGCAAAGUGAUUUUAGCUGGUUGGUGUAUAACAACACACAGGUGCUUGCCUCACAGACACCAGAAUCAUCACUGCAUCAGAACUGAUGACUUCCUAGCUAGUGGAUGGUUGAAAAAGCAUGACCAGUGGUCUCCUUUCAAUCUUGAGAGAUGCUCCCUGAGUAAAAGGCUUGAGAGAUGUUUGUUCUGAA